AUGGCCAACGCAAUGUUGCUCGCUGCAGUGCUCGUCUCCUUCCUCCCCCUGCCCUUCUCCGCCCUGGCCCUGACCCAGGACUUCUGCGUGGCUGACCUGGCCUGCCCCGACACGCCGGCAGGGUACCCGUGCAAAAAGGGCGUCGGGGCGGACGACUUCUACUACCACGGCCUGGCCGCCGCCGGCAACACCAACAACCUCAUCAAGGCCUUCGUGGGCCAGUUCCCCGGCGUCAACGGGCUCGGCAUCUCCGCGGCCAGGCUCGACAUCGCCGUCGGCGGCGUCGUGCGGCUGCACACCCACCCGGCCGCCUCCGAGCUGCUCUUCGUCACGGAGGGCACCAUCCUCGCCGGCUUCAUCAGCUCCUCCUCUAACACCGUCUACACCAAGACGCUCUACAAGGGCGACAUCAUGGUCUUCCCCCAGGGCCUGCUCCACUACCAGUACAACGGCGGUAGCUCCCCGGCCGUCGCCCUCGUCGCCUUCAGCGGCCCCAACCCUGGCCUGCAGAUCACCGACUACGCGCUCUUCGCCAACAACCUCCCGUCCGCCGUCGUUGAGACCGUCACCUUCCUCGACGACGCGCAGGUCAAGAAGCUCAAGUUCGUGCUCGGCGGCACCGGCUAAUCAUUAA